AUGCCAGCUAAAAAAGGUGCAGCUCCUGUACAAGAAGAUCACGCCGACAAGAAGAAAGAAGUUGAAGAAACCAAAGAAUCUAAAUCAAACAAAGAAAACCACCAUCCAAUUGCUUCAACUAAGUCUGACACUGCUAAACCUAAACGUCCCGCCUCAGCUUAUAAUUUAUUUGUCAGUAGCAAAAGGGCUGAAGUCAAAGCUCAGAACCCUGAUCUUGGUCCCAAAGAUAUGAUCAAGCAUAUCGCUGGGCUCUGGAAAAAUGCUUCUGAAGCAGAAAAGCAAAAAUUCAAGACUCUCCAUGAGCAGGAAAAAGCAAAACUCGAGGCAGCACAAAAAGCAGCUGAGGACCCCAAGCCUGCAAAGAGAAAAGAUGCCAGCCAAGAUGAAGAAGAAAAAGAUACUAAAAAAAGAAAGGCAGAAAUCGGGAAAAAGAAAACGGUGAAAUAA